UUGUCGCUGCCGUCGUCGUCGUGCUUGUUGUUGUUGUAGCUGCCACACCGCCUUAUGGAGUAGAUAAAAAGAAAGCCUUUCUUCAGAACUAACAAUACACAAAUUUCAGCCAGCUGCAUACAAAAGGCCUGGGGCUGUCAGCAACGAAAACAACUAUAACCGCAAUUUUCGCUCAACUGUUGUUGUUUACGAAAUAUAUUCGCUAUAAUAUACAUACAUACAUAUGUAUGUAUAUUUAUUUUUCAUCUAUGUUGCCUGUCAUAAAAAAAAUUUGUUAACUUGUGCUAUAAAUCUGACUGGUAAUUAAACGCGCCUCUUCUCUGUGUGUGUGUGUGUGCGUCUGUGUGUGCAUGAGUCGAAAAAGUGCAAUAUAAAGAGCGAAAAAUUGAUUUUUUACCAGUGUCAGUGCCAGGUUGCAAGCGCAGCAGCAGCGACGCUUACAACGAAAACGGGCCAACUAAGUAAGUGACAGUAAAAACAAAUCAACAAAUUUUUUGAGCAACAACCACAACAACAACACACCCAGAGUCAAGAUGGUCCAAAAGUAUCAAUCACCCGUGCGUGUUUACAAGUAUCCGUUCGAACUUGUGAUGAUGGCCUACGAGCGUCGCUUCCCCAAAUGCCCACAAAUGCCAAUCGUGCUCGAUUGUGAGAUCGUCAAGGACGAGUCCUUGGAGAAUGGCGCCAAACGGAACACCAGUCGUCGCUGCAAAUUGGCCGUGGAUGCGCCAUACAUCUUCAAGAAGCUCAUCGGCGUCGAUUUCGUCUUCUUUCUGCAGCACAACUAUCUCGAUAUGGCGAACCGUACGCUCAGCAUAGAGGCCGUCAACGAGAGCUUCUCCUCGCGCAUUGAGAUCUUCGAGCGCUGUCGCUACUACGCCCAUCCGGACAAUGCCGAAUGGACGUGCUUCGAUCAGACUGCCACGCUGGACAUCAAGAAUUUCUUUGGUUUCGAACAUUCCAUGGAAAAGAUGGGCAUGAAGCAGUAUACACAGACAACGCUGAAGGGCAAAGAAAUCAUUGAGUUCUUCAUCAACCAACUUAAGGAAGAGGGUGUUACGGAGGUGGAACGUUGGACACCGCCCAUAGAUGGCCCCAAGUCGCCGCUGAAGGAGCAGGCGGCAGUGGCGGCAACAUCGCUGACAGCGGAUCAGCGUCACGACAUUCUUCUCGACGGCGACUUCAUAGCUCGCAGUCUUGGCCAGCUGUCGCCCAUGCAGGAGUCGAAGCUGCUGGAGCUGCGAAAAAUGCUCGAUGGUGUUGAUGAUCUGGAGCGCAUGCCCAGUUAUCAGACCAUAUUGCGUUUUUUGUCAGCACGCGACUGGCAUGUCAAUCAGGCCUUUGCGAUGUUGUGCGAUUCGCUGAAAUGGCGACGCGAGCAUCGCAUCGACGCUUUGCUUGAGGAGUACAUGAAGCCGGCGGUAGUGGUGGAACAUUUUCCCGGCGGCUGGCACCAUCACGACAAGGAUGGUCGGCCUAUUUACAUAUUGCGACUGGGACACAUGGAUGUGAAGGGUUUGCUCAAGUCCCUGGGUAUGGAGGGUCUGCUGCGCUUGGCCCUGCACAUUUGCGAGGAGGGCAUACAGAAAAUCAACGAAUCGGCCGAUCGUCUCGACAAGCCUGUGCUCAACUGGUCCCUUCUCGUUGACCUCGAGGGUCUUUCGAUGCGCCACCUCUGGCGCCCAGGCAUCAAGGCCUUGCUGAACAUCAUUGAGACUGUCGAGCGGAACUAUCCAGAAACAAUGGGCCGUGUGCUGGUGGUGCGUGCCCCACGCGUGUUUCCCAUUGCCUGGACUAUAGUGAGCGCUUUCAUAGACGAGAACACCCGCUCGAAGUUCCUGUUCUAUGGCCCCGACUGUGCGCACAUGAAGGACGGGCUCACGCAGUACAUUGAUGAGGAGAUCGUUCCCGACUUUUUGGGCGGACCUUGCAAGACAAUGAUCCACGAAGGCAGCCUCGUACCCAAGACACUGUACAAGAUGGGCUCGCUGGAGGAGCAGGACGAUGAGACGCCGGCGAUAUCGCGCACACAAGUCGAGGAGGUGAAGCGUCUGUCGAGUGUACAUCACGACCAUCGCAAUCUCUACAAGACGGUGGAGCUGAAGGCAGGAUACACACACGAGCUGCUCAUACGCAACGAGGAUCCGAAAAGCGUCCUCACCUGGGACUUUGAUGUUUUGCGCAACGAUCUGCACUUCACGCUCUAUCGUGUAACACAGGACCUGCCGGACAAGAGUGACUCGGCUGUCUCCUAUUUUGAUUUGCCGGACUUUGUGGAGGGUGUGAACUAUUUCCGGGAGGAGCCGACUCUGGUGUGUCGGCAUAAGGAGAGCGUCCAGGGCUCGCAUGUUAUGCAUCACAACGACAGCUAUAUUAUGCAUUGGUUCAGCCCGUCGGAGGCUCAGCUCAAUCUCUUCUACGAGGUGCUCAGCUCGGUCAACUACAAGGGCUCCAUGACCAGCUUGCAGUCGGCCUUCUCAUCGAACUCGUCGGCGGCAAGCUCAUGUCAGAGUCGAUGAUACGAGUUGAGUCGGCAGGGCGUUAACGCACACACUACGACGCCCCCGGCAGAUGAGGUGACCGAUAUGGGGCUGCUCUCCGGCACCCUAAUGGAGAAGACGUUGAACCUGUUUGACUCGUCGGAUGUAUUUUUUUAAGCCAGAAAAGUUGCAAUCUCAGUUGUUUAGUUUAGCAGUUUAGUAAAAUUUUAGUUUGAAGACACCUAUGUACUAUUUUAAUCAAUUGUGUGUAGCACUCGUUUGUUAAUUACUAUAUUUUCAUUCUAUAUUAGAAAGUAUACAUUAUAUUUUGUAACUAUGUUAAGCCUAAA